AUGGGUAUAGAAAUCAGCAAGGUGCGACCUUCUCCCUCCUCAUUGAAGGGGUUCUCUGGGGACGCAAUACAACUAAUGGGCACCAUAACCCUACCUGUCAUGGCAGGAAAAGGACUAUGUGCAGCCACCACAAUGAUUGACUUUUUGGUGGUCAAGGCCCCAUCAUCUAACAUUCCAAUAUUAGGGCGGAUGACCCUAAAUAGCCUUAAAGCAGUUACAUCCACCUACCACCAUAAAAUGAAGUCCCUAAUAGAAGCUGGAGUAAGGGAAGUGCAGGGCAAGCGGGCCCUGGCCCGAGAAUGUUAUGUGUAG